AUGGGAGUAACGGGCUUAUGGCCAUUACUAGAGCCAUCAUGCACUCCAGUGACCUUGGAAUCAUUAGAAGGCAAGAAAUUAGCUGUAGACGUUUCUAUAUGGAUCUAUCAGGCACAGCUAGGUUAUUCGUCUGAAACGAAAAACCCCCAUUUAGCUCUUUUAAUGAAUCGCAUAGCUAAAUUAUUGUUUUACAAAAUUCGUCCUGUUUUUGUGUUUGACGGACCUGGGGUACCUGAUUUGAAACGAAGAGUAUUAAAUGCAAGACGGGCUGAACGGUUGAACCAAGAUAUGCUUUUCACCAAAAACAAGAAAAGACAUUUAGAGGAAGUUGCAAGAGGACAAAUUGAUGGUGAAAAUGUAGAUAAAGCCAUGAAAAAGUUAACAAGUCCAAAUAAGAAGUUCAAAGAUGAUAUGGAGAUGUUCAAUAUUCCUUCAACUUCACAUAUUCCUGUCUAUGAUGUCAGUGACGAUGAUGCAGAGAUUGUCGUUGAAAAAGAGGUUCGUCCAAAAACUAAAAGUGACUUGCUCAAUCAUCUAAUUGAUGUGAAAGAGCAUUUAAGAGUGAGCAGAUUACACCCUGAUAUGAUACCUAAAGAAACUGAUGAUUUCUGCAAAUUUCAAUUGCAACGUGUACUUCAAAGAGGCAACUUAAGCAGAACCAUAAAAAAGUUAUCAAAAAAUGAGCUAGACGACCAGCACGGAUCUCAGGUUAAGAUAGCCGUCAAUGAUCACCAAGGAAAUGCUCAUGUCAUUACUUAUGAUAGUGAUGUUCAGCUUGUUGAUGAGCCACAUGAAACUGAAAGAAUUUCGGAAGUAGGACUUCAAGGAAACUGCUUGAGCGACAUUUGUGAGAUUCCAUCUACAACUUCGAAUGAACAUCCUGAACAAGAUGAACAUAGCGCUGAAUAUUAUUUCAGCAAAACAAGCAUGAUUGAAAAAUUGAUGAAGCAAAGAAUUGGGAAACAAAAUGCACAAGCCAUCCGUGUUGACAACUGGUCAAGCGAUUCCUCUUAUGAUGACGACGAGUUCAUUGAUGUACCUAACGGAAUUCCUGUAAUGAGCCAAGCUGUAGCUAGUUCAUCAAAGUCAGAAGAGAAGAAAGAAGAUUUGGAUGAUGCGGAAUGGAACCCUUCUUUAGAAGGUGAUAAUGUUGUUCCUAUAGAUAGACCUAGCUUAUACGAUGAACCAAGAGAUCGAGAUCGAGACUCUGGGGCGUACGCAGAUAUUCAGGAGUUCCUUACCAAAUGUGGCUUUCCUUGGGUAGAAGCUCCCGGGGAAGCUGAAGCACAAUGCGUCGAACUUGAGCGAUUAGGUCUGGUGCAAGGUGUUGUAUCUGAUGACAGUGACGUCUGGGCAUUCGGCGUGCAGAACGUCUAUCGGCAUUUAUUUUCUACGGGGAAAAACGUUCAGCACUAUAAUUCUGAAAAAGUUAAUAAUGAUACCGGUCUCUCACAAGAACAAUUCAUCAUGAUUGCCGUCAUUUCCGGAGGAGAUUAUUCUGUUGGAUUUCAUGGUGUGGGAGUCGUAUCUGCGGUUGAGCUCAUUGCAGAAUUCACGAAAACAUCAUCCUUCGAUUCUGAAAAAGAGAAAAAUAUUAUGGCCGUUUUGUGUUCUGUGGAUGAAUGGUUGAAGUUUUCAGAGGAGGAGAAGAGAACUGAUAACACUCUGCUCCGCAAAAUUCGUAAAAUAAUCAUGGAAAACAACGACUUGACUCAUCUACAGAUGUCUGAUAAGGUCAUUGUCAAGGCUUAUCUUCAUCCCAGUGUUGAUUCAUCAACUGAAGUUUUUCGUUGGAGGGGUGUGGAUAUCGAUGGCGUUAAACAACUUCUCUACGAAAGAGUUGGCUGGGAUGAUGAUAAAUUUUCCAAGAAUGCUUUGCAAUCUUUAGAAAAAUGGAAUGCUUUUAUCCUUCGUCAAACAUCGUAUCAGCGACAUAUCACUUCGUAUGCCUGUCCAUUAACUCAGUCGGCCGACGAACAGCGCAUCUCUCUAUCUAAACGCGCUAUCACAGCUUUGGAUAAGUUGAAGAGCCGAACAAGUGGUGUUGUAUUACCGGAGUUGCAGCUUCAAGGAGAUGUCGCCGGCGGGUUGUCAGUCGGUAGCCAUACUCGUGCGAAGCCCUUGAGAUCGACGAGACAAAGAAAAACAUCAGAAACUAAGAAAGGAAAUACCAAAGCUGUUCCCAAAACCAAACCUGUAGCCAGAAAAACUUCAGCCUCAGCAGCCAAAAAACCUCCAGCCUCAGCAGCCAAGAAAGAGGAUCUCAAUCUCUCGGAAAGCAGUGAUAGUGACAUGUAA